UUCACAAAUUGCAUGCAUGCGCAUGUAGAAACAGGAAGUAAUGUUCUAGAAAAAUGUCUGAUCUACCUUAGCUUGUAGUACUGAAUAUAUUUUCCCUAAAAAGUGAUUAACUACGAGUUUGUUUUCUUAGAAACUCAACUUAAAGGGUUAUUUCUCAAACAUAGUCGUCCGAUGUCAAUACAAUGUCUAGCACAAGUAGAUCUCGUGAAUCCGAGGACAGAAGGGACCGCAAAAGGCGGAAGGAAUCUAAACAAGAUGUUGAGAAACUCAAGAAACAAGCCAAAAAACUGAACCAAGAAGUACAAAAGCUAAAACACGUGGAGACGUUCUAUGAAAAACCCCCUCCUGGACUCAUAAAGGAGGAGGUGUACAAACCAGAGGACUGUAUUCCUGCUGAUCCAGGAAAUGAGGAUGCCAGGGACUUCCUGGCACACGCCCCGACCAAGGGGCUUUGGAUGCCUCUGGGAAAGGAGGUGAAGGUGAUGCAGUGUUGGCGAUGUAAGCGCUACGGCCACAGGACGGGCGAUCGAGAGUGUCCCUUCUUCAUCAAAGGGAACCAGAAGCUGGAGCAGUUCAGAGUGGCACACGAAGACCCAAUGUACGACCUUAUCCGAGAAAACAAAAGAAAUGAGAAAGAAACCAGGAUCCAGCAGUUACAGCAGCUCUUACAGGACACCACUUCCUCUGACUCCGAGAGCUCUUCCUCUUCAUCGUCCACCGGGGACCGCAAGAAGAGGAAACACAAGAAAAAGGAGAAGAAAGGGAAGGAGAAGAAAAAGAGGAAGAAAAAGAGGAAGCACAAGUCCUCGAAAACAAGUGACUGUUCUGAGUCAGAUUGAGCAAUAGGAGCCUACCUUGAGUGUCCUAGCAGGGAGAGAGAGCUACACUGCAGUGUCUUGGCCGUCAGUCAGCAGAGAUGGUGCUUCUUGCACAACGCCUCAGGGUCACCUCAGUAGGGCUCAGUGCACAAUAGAAGACUCUCCAGGCCUCGCGCUCUCGCUUCUCCUUCCCUAUGUCUGAAUCUUUAAAUAAUGCACGGCUUGUCCCUUCCCUCAAAUAUGUUUUGAGUUAAUCAGGAGCUCUACUCCGUUAGAUCGCACAGAACAGGAUCCAUGGAUGUUUAGUGCAGAUUGCAUUCAGGCCCCUCAGAUGAGUAACUUAGCCUGAUUAUGAAACGAGGGGGUUUGAGCCAGCCAGAAGAGUUGAAAGGAGUUUGUAGCUGUUAUGAUGGAAUUUGAUUGUAACCCUUCUGAAUGAGAGCCAUUGAGAAGGCAUGGCAUGUUGUUAAAGAUGUUGUUUUUCUUGGGAAGGUUUCCUGAACUUUCCUUUCAAAUGUCGAGUUUCAAAUGACUUGAUUGUAGGCCUACAUUAAAAAAAUGAGGGGGUAAAAUUGCAUAAUUUAUCCCGAUGAAAGGCUACUGUUUAAAUUCUUACUACUGUACAUACUAUUUAGAUUAUAUUGAGGUUGGAAUUUACUUGUCUUAGUAAAAUUUACUAUUUCCAUGUGUUCUUUGUGUCUGAGGGUCAAAGCUGUUUUUCUCCUCACAUUUAACUUUGAAACCACAAGUAA